CUGAGCCUAAAGAGGAAGUGAGAGGAAGAGGUGAGGUGCGGCAGCUGUGAGCCUGUGGCAUCAGGGGUCUGGGGCAGCAUGGCCCAGGCCCUGGGGGUGGACCUGAUACAGACUUCGGAGCCUCAAGAUGACUCUAGCUCUCUGGGGUCCGACUCAGAGCUAAGUGGGCCUGGUCCAUAUCGCCAGGCAGAUCGCUAUGGCUUCACUGGGGGCUGCUCAUUGGAGCCAGGGCCAGGUUACCCCCCUGCAGAUCUCAUCCGCCAGCGGGAGAUGAAGUGGGUGGAAAUGACCUCACACUGGGAGAAAACCAUGUCCCGACGGUACAAGAAGGUAAAGAUUCAGUGCCGGAAAGGCAUCCCCUCAGCCCUGCGGGCCCGCUGCUGGCCCCUGCUGUGUGGGGCUCAAGUGUGUCAAAAGAACAACCCUGGUACCUAUCAGGAGCUUGCAGAAGCCCCAGGAGACCCACAGUGGAUGGAAACCAUUGGCAGGGACCUGCACCGCCAGUUCCCUCUGCACGAGAUGUUUGUGUCACCCCAGGGUCAUGGGCAGCAGGGUCUCCUGCAGGUACUGAAGGCCUACACCCUGUAUCGGCCAGAACAGGGUUACUGCCAGGCUCAGGGCCCUGUAGCAGCUGUGCUACUCAUGCACCUGCCCCCAGAGGAGGCCUUCUGGUGCCUGGUGCAGAUCUGUGAGGUCUACCUUCCUGGCUACUACGGGCCCCACAUGGAGGCCGUGCAGCUGGAUGCUGAGGUGUUCAUGGCCCUGCUGCGGCGGCUGCUCCCACGCAUUCACAAGCACCUGCAGCAGGUGGGCGUCGGGCCCCUGCUCUACCUCCCUGAGUGGUUCCUGUGCCUCUUCGCCCGCUCCCUGCCCUUCCCCACAGUGCUGCGCAUCUGGGAUGCCUUUCUCAGUGAGGGUGCCAAGGUACUGUUUCGUGUGGGGCUGACACUGGUGCGCCUGGCCUUGGGCACUGCAGAGCAGCGCAUGGCCUGCCCGGGGCUCCUGGAGACACUCGGUGCCCUUCGAGCCAUCCCUCCCGCCCAACUGCAGGAGGAGAUCUUCAUGCCCCAGGUGCACAGCGUGGCCCUGUCAGAGCAGGACCUGCAGCGAGAGAUGAAGGUUCAGCUAGCCCGGCUGCCCAAGUCAUCGCCUGGGCCAUCCCCUCAGCCACAGGCCCGCCUUCCGGGGGCCCAAGCCAUUUUUGAGGCCCAGCAGUUAGCAGGAGCUCAAGGAGGCACCAAGCCUGAGAUACCUCAAAUUGUGGUACAGCCCCCAGAGGAGCCCAGGCCACCGCGGCGCAAACCCCAGACCCGUGGCAAGACUUUCCAUGGCCUGCUGACUCGGGCUCAAAGACCCCCCAUAGAGGGCACCCCCAGACCGCAUCGAAGCUCCUUCCUAGACACCCGUUUCUGAGGUACUAUGGAUUCAGUUCCCCCAAGUCACAAUCACCUGAAUGGCUGAUGCCAGCCUGCAAAUGGGCACCGCACUUUACUCCCGGGAUUUGGUGACUUGCCUCCAUUCUCAACAAGCACCACUUAUCCAGGAAGGAGACAUUCCCCCACUUCUUGCUCUGUGUCAGGCACAAGGGAGGUCACAGGGUAGGGGCUGGUGGGAACCCAGACUGGCCACCAGCUAUCUGGUAGCAGUAUGAAAGCUGGCACUGAAGGGGUGCAGAGACUGCUGGCUGAGCUAAGGGACCCCAGGGCUGCUGAGCGUUCUGGAAUAAAGUCUGAC